GGUUCAAUUCGUGACAGGAGCCUAGCUAGGUACGUACAGACGUGUACAGCUCUGCCAAAUUAAGUCUUCUCCAAAAUAUUCAAGAUUCUGCCAUGAUUAUGUUCUUUAUUUGUAUUUUAUGGUUUACAAGCAAGUUGUUCUGUCCGGUUCAUGGGCAAUUCUGCAGUCCAAGUGGAGGUUAGUUUUGUCAGACAAAUAUGGUCGCUCCAAGGAAACUUGGAACAGCUAUAAAAGUGAAAUUUUAAGUUAAAUCUAAAACGCUUUGUAUUCUAACCAGCGCUAAAAGCCAAUUGGUUAAGUUAAUUGCAGACCGCUAUGAAGUUUAGCAGGUUAUAAAGUUCAGUUCGCGAGAUGAGGCUUGUAAAUAGAGAAGGUUGGAGGAAAGUUUGCAUUGAAUACGAAGAUAGAAUCCCAGCAAUACAAGACAGAAUCAAUAUAAAACUUUAGUGCCACCUGAAAAUGUCAAGGAUCCUAUUUGACAAGAAAAGAGAGUCUGCUUUCGUAUAUUUGAUAGAAUUCCAAGUAAACUUUUUGAGCGUGAGAUAACGGUUAACAAGGAAAGUCAUAUUCAAAGUAUAGGUUAGAGAAAAGUUUGCACUGAAUUCAAAGAUAGAAUUCCGGCAAUACAAGAAUCAAUAUCAAGCUUCAGUAGUGCCACCUUAUUUUAUAUUAUUCCAACCAUUUUAAAAGUUUGAAGAAACGAUUGACAAGGAUCGAAACUAGUUUUAUUAAGUUUUAAGAAACAUCAUCUUUUCAGUAACUCAGUACUUGUCUGGUAAACUAUGUGAAAAAUAAUAGCAAAAAAACUUUUUCUGGAGCUUAAAUAAAUUCACAAUGUUAUAAUGAAAUGAAGCUAUUGUUUAGCUUUACGGGAAAAGCCCUCCGAAAUUAUUGUCAGUUUUAGUUUACUUGAAAAUAAGAAACAUGUUCUACAGCCUACUUAUAAGCCCUAAACUUAAAUAGGUGCAAAAUACCGCAUAUGCCCCUUCAGCGGGCUUGGUAAGCGACAUAAACAAGAGUGUGAUGGAUUAAAAAUUAAUAGAUGUAUAGAAAAUUUAAGACUUAUGAUGCAACUUUAUUUCCCCUGUUUUAAUCAUACGUUUUUUGCAACGGUUAAAUAUUCAUAAACUUUUUUGUUAGGGAGGAGUUACAGUAUUAUUAAAUGUGAUGUUUUAAAUGCCGCAACAUUCUACAUAGGUCGGAUUUUGAACGUCAAGCUAUUUUCAGUACUCAUUCUUUUCUGUUUCUCACAGGCACCUGUCGCCAGCUAGAGUUCGAUCACACUGUUGAUGGAAAGCGCCUCAAAUAUCACGUGAUUCGUACUAUUGACGUCACUGGUGAAAGAUCCUGCCGGACUUUGUGCUACAUGGAGCCAAACUGCGUCAGUUACAACUUUAACAAAGUCACAAGGAAAUGUGAGCUGAAUAAUUCCACUUUCAGAGAAGGGAAGGAAAAGAUGGAGACAAUCCCAGAUUAUGUAAACUGUGGAGCUAAGGUACGCGAGGUUUUAACACAGUAAACAGUAGAUAAAGAAUAGAAUUUAAAGGAGAAAGGAGUGAGUUUACAUUCAAGUUAGCUCAAAGAAGUAUUUAAAGCAAUGCCUUUUUCUUGUCUAAUACCAGAAUGCCUGUGCGAAUAAACCUUGUAAGAACAAAGCAACCUGUCAAACCGGUUUUACCGGUAAGGGAUACCAUUGUUUGUGUCUUGUUGGAUUUGAAGGAGAACACUGCAAGAUCGGUAAGUCGAUUGAAAUCUUUGUCUAGUCCAACUUAAAGUUAGGCUUGAUGACUAUUAGCUGCUCAUGUCUUCCGGUUUAUUUCUUGGCGUACCUACCUGACCGGCUAAUGUGUUGUCCUUUAAGACAUUGACGAAUGUGCUAAAAGUACCCACAAGUGCGAUGACAAUGCUCACUGCACUAAUACCGAGGGAGGAUACAACUGCACUUGUCAUCCGGGAUAUUACGGAGAUGGAAAGAAUUGUGAACCAGGUGAGUUUGUAGAUGUCGUUAUGACCUUACUUAAAACUUUAAAGUCAAUAAGAACCACAAUAAUAUGACUCAGAAACAGUUGCAGUUAUAUUCAGUUUAUUAGCAAUAUGGGAAAGGAAGGACACUAUAAUUGGAGAUAGCAUUUCCAGGAGCAGAUACAACGGAGCGAGCAACUCCCAUACGAGGCCUAGCUAUGUGACAAAUGAUCGUAGGGGGGUCGCAUAUCAAUUUUGUCUCUUCCAAAAUGUAAGACAACAUCAUGUGGACUAAAAUCGAUUACAAAUAUUUAGGCCCUAAAUUAAGGAAUUCUCAUAGAGAUAAUGUUAGAUUAUCUUAGGAACUUAGUUUCUUUAAAAACCUAAUAUUCAAAAUUGACUUUGGGUGUUGGCAGUCGUCAUCAUAUCUUUUAUGCAGCUCAGUUUUAUUUUAUAUUAGUUUUACAUUGUAUUUUAGGCAUUUUGUAUUUAGUAUUUAGCUUCAAUAGUUUUAGCUCGCUUAAACGAGCACCAGUGUGUUAUUGUUGUAAGUCAGUUUAAAUAAAUAUUCUAUCUAUCCAUUGAUAUCUUGACCAGCAUUUUUACGGCUCCCCCCUUUUUUUGAGGGGGGGGGGGAAGUUAGCUAAAAUGUAACAUUCUAAAAUACUGAAUUUAAUUUUAUGGUAAAACAAGAAUACCAAAUUUUUUGUUUUACGUAUUUCAAAGGAAGAAAGAAAGAAAGCUUGUGCUUAACCCAGCCUAUAUGAACAUUUAACAGAAACUGUGACAAUUCAGCGCAUGAUUAAUUUUUUUUACUUUGUUUUGUAAUACAGCUUUUUCGUGCAAAGACAUAUUUGACAAGAAAAUGUGAGUUAAAGGUUACAUAUCUUUUUAAAAUCUUUAUCCAUCCAAUACAUUUGUACAAGAGUCUCUUGAUUUGUAGCCACAUGUUGACUCUUGAUUUAUAACAAAGAAAGAAAAGAAAAACGAAAAGAAAACUAAAUAUAAGAAAUUAAACUGUGAGGAGCUAAUGUGACAAAUGAAAGUACUAUAAACAAGUGGCUUAACCUACCGUUUUUUUAUGAUAAAAGAUUGCGCUCUUGAGGCUGUAGUCCACUACCUCACAUUAACGUCUAAUUUCAGUGGUCGACUAAAACAGUAUUUCCUUUUGUUUUCAGGGAUAAGGGCAUUCUUAUGUCACCGUUUCUAUUGUUUUCUCAGCCAAUUGUGUGAGCCUUUCAGGCAAUAGCUUGGCGGUUUAAGCUUGCUAUGCCGAAAUUUCCAUUAACAAGUACUUAAAAUAAAUUUCUUUUCAGAUCAAACGAGAGCAAAGCCUACCCAUUGAUAAUGGGAAAUAAGGUCGUUGAGGCUUACUGUCACAUGACCGUUGCUUCUUCUGAAAAUGAAACAUGUGGAAAUGGAGCAUGGACUAUAGUCAUGAAGACGGAUGGUAAUGAGGUACCUCCAGAUUCAUGUGCUAAUCUCUUCAAAUAAAGCUUACCAGAAGAACCUUGUUCCCGAUAUUGUGCCAAUAACAGCCGUGUUUAUGAUAGAAAUUCUACUGAAUCCAUGAAUGGGAUAUUUUUCAAGGGAGAAUGGUUGCUUUUGGAUUUCUUUUUCCGCCUAUAAGUUGAUUUCUAUUCCUUCCUAAGGUAACCGAACAGUGCAUUUCCCUCUAUUGACAACUUAUUCGCUCCAGAAGGAAAUAAAAUAACUUAUUAUCAGCUAUCUCAAAAGGAUUAGAGGCAUUUUAAUAAACUUGAUAUCGGCAAUCUGAUAAACAUAGCAAAAAGAGAGGGCAUUGUAAUACGGGGAAUAGCGGGUUCAGCUCAAAAUGAAUAUGUAACCGUGACCGGCAAACAGUGAGUCAGACAUUGUUGCCAGAUAAUGCAUUUAUCUUAGCUCGAUCCCCUUAAUUCUCACGCUUAAAAAGGCGCUUGACAAAACGUUUGUUGGAGCAGAAGCCUCUUGUAACUCCAAGUAACUCUUUCACUUAACACUUUGGAUUAUCCUAUAGGCUUGAAUUUUUGUUGCCUGUUUUAUCUUAAGCCCAUUAUCAGUAUUUAAAACCGGACAUUAAGAGCCGGUGUUCUUAAAAGUAACCGGGGCCAUUUUCUUCUCAAUUUUCAUUCCUAUACAAUUUCUUCCCCAUUUUUCUCUAACAGCAAACUUUUCGCUACAAUUCCGACCUCUGGAACAACAAGAAAACAUUCAAUCUUGAUGGAGGGAAUACUGGGUUUGACUCACAGGAGACUAAACUACCCUCCUACUGGAACACGUCCUUCACCAAGAUCUGCCUCGGUAUGAAAAUCAAAAACGAGAUCAAUUUUAUUGUCAUUCACAAGCAGGCGAACUCCUUGUACUCUCUGAUCGCUGAUGGGGAAUACCGCAACACCUCACUGGGUCGUGACAAGUGGAUGUCGCUGAUUGGCUCUAAUGCCUCAUUGCAGCUUAAAUGUAAAAAGGAAGGGUUCAAUGCAAAGUGUAGCUUGAAUAAACGGUCCAAAACAAGAAUCGGUAUUCUCGGCAACGAUCAAAAUAGGUGCCAUGAAUGUAACUCCAGAUUGGGGUUUGGAAGUGGAGGGAACUUUGAUGAUAGGCGAAAUACAUGUGGAAAUUUGGAUAACCACAAAGCAAAAAGACUGAGCAUCAAGACAAUGGGGUAUAUCCUGGUGCAGUGAGAACAAUGCUCCUUUGCAUGUCUUUGAACGAGUAGUAGGAAUAUGUUAUACACAAUCCUUUUAACGAAAACUCAUCGUUACGAUGAUGAGUAGAAGUAAGUUAAGUUAUAGACAAACAUUAUACACGUAUAGACCUAACGUUUUUUUCUGUCGAGGCAUGUGAACAGACAACCAGUGGGGAUCAUGUUUGUUUGACCAAGAAGGUUAUAGAGCGGUUCUUGGUGUGUAUAAAAGUAGAAGUGCUCGGAUUAUUUGUCCUUCUAUCCCUGGCCAUUGAAACCUGUGGAACUGAAGAAACGUUUUUAACAACAACUUAAAUCUAAACGUUUCUCAAUGUAUGAAAGCUACUUAAAAACGAAGAAAUAUGAUACAAAUAAAGUACAACAAUAGGAAUAAAAAUAAUGGUAUUAAUAGUGAUAUCAAAAAUAACAAAUAACUGUCCAAGGCCAUAUUAAGUAUAUCUACAACUCAGAAAAUCUAACAACCACAUAUAUAAGUAUGAAAAUUAAAAAAAAAACCUAUUAACAAAUUAAGAAGAGGUUUGGUGAAAUAAAUAUGUCUUUAAGUGUUUUUUGAAAGAAUUCAAGGAAUGGCAUUUCUUGAAUGUGCUGGUAUGCUGUUCCAUAAUUUAGGUCCUGCAAUAGAAAAUCUUCGAUCACCAUAAGACUUUAGCUUAGUUCUUGGGACUUAAAGUAACUUUUUCGACCAAGAACGCAAAAAGAAGGAGCUGUUACAAAAACUGAGCAAAUUGUUGGAUGUAUAACUUGGUGAAAAUCCUUGACAGCCUUAUAUACUAACAAUGAGAUUUUAUAAAUAAUACGGUAUUCAACACGGCAACCAAUGUAAUUCUAUUAAGCUGGGUGCUAUAUGUUCAUACUUCUUGGUGAAUGUUACGAUACACGCUGCUCUAUUCUGAACUAGCUGUAGACGGUUUAAGAGAACUUAAGAUAGUCCAUAUAGAAUCGCAUUACUGACAGUAAUCCAAGCUGGUAAUCACGAAAGCAUGAAUGAUUGCUUCAGUAGAUUCACGAUCCAAAUAAAUGUUCUUAUCCUACUAAUAUUAAUUAAAU